AUGAACGGCAAAGCGGCGGUCCUCAGGCGAAAGCUGAGCCCGGUUGGCGCGAUAGUGGAUACAGAUCGAAUUUCGGAGGCUAUAUCACUGCACGAAACGGUGACGGUGGGUACAUUCCAUCAUGGUACUGCGGCGAAGUACUGCGGACAUGGUGACACAGCGGAUGGCUCAACUGGGACUAGUGGGCAUAGCAUGAUUCCCGCCAGUGGGGAGUUCGGCGAUUACAUACUCGAGUCCGUUGCGGAGAAAUUACUAGACGGUAUUAGAAACGGAAUUGGAGGACAGAACUCACACGACACCCUGCCAAGCCCACCCUCAACCGGUGCUGAAAUUACAAGUGCGUACGCGAACCCGCAAAUCAUCGAUUUCCAGAUAAUCCUAAACCUGGGCGGGCUAAAAGUAAUUAUGGUAAUCUUCGUGUGCGUUGUUCAUCUCGCCAUUCGUUUACUCUUUCCUGGGUUACUCUACAUAAUGUGUGUGUCACCUGACCCGAUCGACUGCAAUCCCACAGCUACUACUUAG